AAAAUGAGACUGGAUCUGGUGAGCUUGGCAAGGGAACUCGCCGUCGCAAAGAGAUCUCCCCGCGGAGUUGUAUUGAAAAUGAAAGGGCUGAGUGAUUAGUUUAGCCCUGAAUGGCCCACCAUUUGUCAUAUUGCUAAUGACAUUACCGCUGGUUCUGCCGUCCCGUUGUUUCUGUGGGUGCGACCAAUGUGCAGUGGCGUUCCGAGGCUAAUUCUACUUGACUACUGGGGCGGACAGAUGUGAAUUGUAGGAGCGUCAGCCAAGAAAAAAAAGCAACGGUGGACAACAUAGACGGUCAAGGAGGGCAGGGUCUUUGACUGGUAGAAAAUGGCGAACUGGACUCCAGUCUUGUCGGUGUGUGUCCUGUUUUUCCUGGGAGCCAGAGUUUGGAGCGCGCCGCCAGACGAUCCCGAUGACUCGGAGAACGAGGUACAAUGCAAGCAGACAUGUCCCGGAUGUUGCCCGAUGGGUGCGCCAGGCAUGCCGGGAAGGAACGGUGUCCCAGGACAGAAUGGCUAUCCCGGCAGUAACGGCUUCGAUGGGAUAGGCGGGAAAGCGGGCACCAGGGGUGUACGUGGUGUGGACGGUAUCCGGGGACAGAAGGGAGAACCGGGCGACUCGGCUCCGGACCUGGUGGCCAGUCAGAACAUCAAACACUGCGUCUGGGACAGGAUCAAGGACGACAGGGACAAAGGCACUAUCAAGAUCUGCCGCUUCCACAAGCGGCAGAUGAACACCACGAUGCACGUGACGUGGAACGGUUCUCUGCGCGUCCUGUCCACUAAGGAGUGCUGUAAGCGCUGGUACUUCACCUUUAACGGCAGGGAGUGUCUCACCCCGGUCCCCAUAGACGGUCUCACCUUCACGAACGGCGCUGAGAGCGUCAACAUACACAGAGUUACCACAAUCGAAGGACUGUGCGAGAACAUACCCCAGGGACCGGUGGACGUGGCCUUCAACGUGCAGGACUGCAGGGGCUACACUGGGGGAGACGCGUACACCGGAUGGAACUCUGUCUCCAGAAUUAUCGCCGAGGAACUCCCAGUCACUGCAGAGGAGGGGACAGAGUAAUAACGUUAACAGUACGGAACUGCUAACGGGCUAUUCCAUUGAAAGCAUUCGAGGGGUGUUCUCUAAUUGGGAGAUAUCUGCUAUGGAAAGGCAUGACUGAAGAGAAUGAAA